AUGUUUCAUUGUUCAGUUGCAUUCAUUAUUUUCUUUCCUGGAUUUUUAUUCGUUUCUUUCUUAUUUCAUUUUUUUUUUCCGCUUGAAUUUUUAUUUCCUCUUUUUAUCGUCUUUUUGUUGGUAUUUUCCAAUUUCUAUCAUCUUUUCUUUCCUGUAUUGCAUACUUCCCUUUUCUCUUUUCAAUAUUUUCUUUCUUUCUUUCUUUCUUUCUUUCUUUCUUUCAUGCAAUUCUUUUUUUUUCUACUUAAUUUCUUUUUAAAACCGGUUUUCAUUUUCCCGCUUUCAAAUUUCCUUUCUACUCUUCUCUCUUCCCCUUCUCUCGGUCCCUUUUUUUCUCUCUUUCCAUCUCUCUCUCUCUCUCGGUCCCCUUUAUCUCUCUCUCUUUCCAUCUCUCUCUCGACCCCCUUUCUCUCUCUCUCUCGACUCCCUUUCUCUCUCUUUCCUUCUCCCCCUUCUCUCUCUCUCUCAGACCCCUUUCUCUCUCUCUCUUUCCAUCUCUCUCUCUCAGACCCCUUUCUCUCUCUCUCCAUCUCUCUCUCGACUCCAUUUCUCUCUCUCCAUCUCUCCUCUCGACUCCAUUUCUCUCUCUCUCUCUCUCUUUCCCCUCUCUCGACUCCCUUUCUCUCCCUCUUUCUCUCUUUCCAUCUCUCUCUCGACUCCCUUUUCUCUUUCUCUCUCUUUCCAUCUCUUUCUCUCGACCCCCUUUUCUCUCUCUCUUUCCAUCUAUCUCUCGACUCCCUUUCUCUCUCUCUAUUUCCAUCUCUCUCUCUCUCGGUCCCCUUUCUCUCUCUCUUUCCAUCUCUCUCUCGACUCCCUUUCUCUCUCUCUAUUUCCAUCUCUCUCUCUCUCGGCCCACUUUCUCUCUCUCUUUCCAUCUCUCUCUCGACUCCCUUUCUCUCUCUUUACAUCUCUCUCUCGGCCCCCUUUCUCUCUCUCUCUCUCCAUCUCUCUCUCUCAAUCCCCUUUCUCUCUCUCUCUCUCCAUCUCUCUCUCUCAGUCCUCUUUCCAUCUCUCUCUUUCCAUCUCUCUCUCAUCUCCCUUUCUCUCUCUUUCUUUCCAUCUCUCUCGGCCUCCUUUCUCUCUCUCUCUCUCUCUCUUUCCAUCUCUCUCUCGGUCCCCUUUCUCUCUCUCUCCAUCUCUCUCUCGACUCCAUUUCUCUCUCUCUCUUUACAUCCCUCUCUCGACUCCCUUUCUCUCUUUCUCUCUCUCUCUUUCCACCUCUCUCUCGACUCCCUUUCUCUCCCCCUUUCUCUCUCUUUCCAUCUCUUUCUCGACUCCCUUUCUCUCUCUCUCUUUCCGUCUCUCUCUCGGCCCCCUUUCUCUCUCUCUUUCCAUCUCUCUCUCGACUCCCUUUCUCUCUCUCUAUUUCCAUCUCUCUCUCUCUCGGUCCCCUUUCUCUCUCUCUUUCCAUCUCUCUCUCGACUCCCUUUCUCUCUCUAUUUCCAUCUCUCUCUCUCUCUCUUUCUCUCUCUCUUUCCAUCUCUCUCUUCCCUUUCUCUCUCUUUACAUCUCUCUCGGCCUUUUUCUCUCUCUCUCUCCAUCUCUCUCUCUCAAUCCCCUUUCUCUCUCUCUCUCUCCAUCUCUCUCUCUCAGUCCUCUUUCCAUCUCUCUCUUUCCAUCUCUCUCAUCUCCCUUUCUCUCUCUUUCUUUCCAUCUCUCUCGGCCCCCUUUCUCUCUCUCUCUCUUUCCAUCUCUCUCUCGCCCUCUUUCUCUCGCUCUGUCCAUCUUUCUCUUUCACCGUCUCUCUCUAUUUUUUCUUUCAUUAACUCGACUUACAUUUUUUCCUUAUAUUAG